AUGUUGCCAGCUGUCACAGUCAUCUCGUCAAGGAAUCCUUGGUUUGGAGUUGGUGCAACCCCUUAUCAGAAGCUGCUUUAUGCUCUUCAUAAUGACCAAAGAUUCGUGAAUGAAGUUAGCUUGGGCAGACGAGUUGGAUUCUACCGUUUUCGGGGAGAUUUGGGAACAGGAAAUUUUUCACAUGUGAAGAUGGCUGUGCAUCAACUUUGUAAAGAACGUGUGGCCAUAAAGAUUUUAGACAAGUCGAAACUCGACCAGAAGACUCGCCAUAUGCUAACAAGAGAGAUUUUAACAAUGGAGGCGAUACACCAUCCGAAUAUUAUUAGACUGUAUGAAGUGCUGGAGACGUACAGUCGCAUCCAUCUUGUUCUAGAAUACGCUGGAGGAGGUGAAUUAUUUAAUAAAAUAACAUCAGCUGGAAGAUUUACAGAAUCUGAAGCACGCUCAAUAUUCUCACAGAUUACAUCUGCAGUCAAAUACAUGCAUGGAAAAAAAAUUAUCCAUCGAGAUAUAAAGGCGGAAAAUGUCUUCUUUUCAACACCGACUCUAGUGAAACUGGGAGAUUUUGGCUUCAGCACAGAACUAAAUUCAGGUAUCUAUAUUGAUAUUUAG